AUGUUCGGAGAAGAGAUUGCCCGUAUCCGAAAACUCGGAGUUCACGGAGUACUCUUCCAACUGCUCAACCUUCUCAAUGUCGUCGCGUCCGGCCUUAUGAUGUGGAAGGCGCUGUGUCUCGUGACCAACUCGGAGUCACCCAUUGUCGUGGUGCUCUCCGGGUCCAUGGAACCGGCGUUCUACCGCGGCGACAUCCUCUUCCUGACCAACCCUGCUAACACGCCAUUCGAUAUUGGCGACAUUACCGUGUACAAGGUGCCUGGCGACCCCAACGGCACACCGAUUGUGCAUCGCGUCAUCGAGUCGCAUCUCUCACCGAACGGAUCACAGAUGCUCCUCACCAAGGGCGACAACAACGGCGCCGACGACGUUGCGCUGUACCGCGGUCCGGAAUGGCUUGACGCCGACCUCGUUGUUGGCAAGGUGCAAGGCUUCCUUCCAUACGUUGGCUACGUUACGAUUGCAAUGAACGACUUCCCACAACUCAAGGUCGCGCUGCUAGGCGGCGUGGCCAUCUUCCUCCUCCUGAACAAGGAUCAUUCAUACACAACAGACCAGACACUCGAGCAGCAGAACGAGGAAGAGCUGAGCUCGCUGCACAACAAGAUCAAGAACUUGCGUUCGGUCACGAUUGAUAUCCUAGACGACUCGGGCCGGCAGAACAACCAGCUCGACCAGACGAACAGCACCUUCUCGCAGUUCGCCAACUCGCUCCUCUCCACCUCGCGCCACCAUGGUCGCAGCAUAGCCUCAAACUCGACCCUGCGGCAGUACCGCACCAUCGCAUGGAUUGUCGGUGCCGUCGUGGCCCUUUGGCUCCUUUUCAAGCUGUGGCAUGUCGGUGGUGGCGGUGCGCAGGCGGGCGAGUAUUAG